AAUCUUCCCUUACUCUGAAAGCCCGCGGCAGCAGUUGUCAUGGAGAUGGAGGAAGGGCCGGCGUCGGCUCACCAUACUGUUGCCAUGGAGACCCUGGCCGGACCCGCAGCUGCCGCCGAGAAGAGAGACGCGCGCUGGGAACCCGUACAGCCGCAGCAGCUAAUUCAGCACCAAGGACAGCAGCAGCGUGCUGCAGCACCGUUCAACAAAGGGAGCUAUUACAUCCUUAUCGUGAUCGGGGAGAUCGCGACAGAGAACCAGCUCACAGCCAUCAGGGAGUCCAUUGAAUUGGGGCUUCGCUCAUGGGAUAUCGACCUCACUUCCUGUGACCUGGACCUGCAGCUUCGUCACUUUGUGACCCGACACUCAGCACAGUUCUCAGCAGAGGUCAGAGGACAAAGGACUCUUCACCACAGAAGUGAUGUCCUAGAAACCGUCGUCUUAGUCAAUCCUUCAGAGAACACAAUUGUCUCAGAGAUCCACUCUCUGAUUACCAACCCUGCUGGACACAAACUCCUGAUUCUGAGCGGGCAAAGUUCAGACCAGGGAGGCGAUCUUAUCUUACAAAGUGGGGCAUUCACCUUCCAGAACUUUUCAGAGGUCUUUGCCGAUCCUGAGGUGAGUGAGCUCCUCACCACAGCUGACCCUGAUCACCGGGCCUCUCUGACGUUGUCCUGUCAGGGGGAAGGGGACUGGAGCUCCCUGGGGCAGCAGCACCAACACUUACGGGAGUUCCUGGACCUCAGGCUGAACCCUGAUCCUGUGCUGCCCGAGAUGGAGGGCGUCUCGGAAUUCACAGAGUACGUCUCUGAAACCGUAGACGUGCCUUCCCCCUUCGACAUGCUGGAGCCCCCCACUUCAGGGGGCUUCCUGAAGCUCUCAAAGCCUUGCUGCUACAUCUUCCCUGGAGGGAGAGGGGACUCUGCUCUGUUUGCAGUCAACGGCUUCAACAUCCUAGUGGACGGAGGCUCAGACCGGAGGUCAUGCUUCUGGAAGCUGGUCCGUCACCUGGACCGGAUCGACUCCAUCCUACUGACGCACAUCGGAGCGGACAACCUUCCCGGGAUCAACGGGCUCCUCCAGAGAAAGAUUGCAGAGCAAGAUGAGGAGCAGUCUCAGGGAUCAACUACCUACAGCGACUGGAUGAAGAACCUGAUCUCUCCCGAGCUGGGAGUGGUGUUCUUCAAUGUUCCUGAGAAGCUGCGGAUGCCUGAAUCCACCCUUAAAGUAAAGAGGAGCAUCGAGGAGGCUUCCCUUACUUUGCAGUAUCUUAGCAAGCUGGGAAUCAAGCCUGAGCCUCUGUACAGAGUGGUCAGCAACACCAUUGAUCCCAUCACACUCUUCCACAAGAUGGGGGUUGGCAGGCUGGACAUGUAUGUCCUUAACCCAGUGAAGGAUAGCAAAGAGAUGCAGUUCCUCAUGCAAAAGUGGGCAGGCAAUAGUAAGGCCAAGACUGGGAUCAUGUUACCCAAUGGAAAGGAAGGAGAGAUCUCUGUUCCAUACCUGACGUCUGUCACAGCCCUAGUGGUCUGGCUCCCUGCCAGCCCCACAGAAAAGAUUGUCCGGGUGUUAUUUCCUGGGAAUGCCCCACAGAACAAAAUCCUAGAAGGACUGGAGAAGUUAAAGCACUUGGACUUUUUAAGGUACCCAGUGGCAACCCAGAAGGACAUUUCUUCUGGUGUGCCACCUCCUUUGUUGAAACAGACCAAAAUGAAGCAAAGGACAGACAGUAAGGAGAGUCUAAAGUCAUCACCAAAACCACAACCGGCAGCUAAGGCAGCUAAAAAGGAAGCAGAGGCACAGGAGGAGAUACCAGUGGAAAUAAAAAGCGAGCCAUUGAAGGAGAACAAACUUGAGAAAAAAGAAGAGAAGAAAGUGAAGGAAGUGAAGGAAGCCAAGCCAGCAAAAGCUAAAACAGAGGCUGCAGAGACAGCCAAACAGGAAAAGAAAAAACUCUUGAAAGAGAAGUCAAUCAAAAAGCACACCAAGGUGUUCAAGAUGGACGAGAAGAAAGACAAAGAAAAGAAAGAGAUCAAGAGGGAGAAGCGGGAAGUGAAGAAGGAGGAAGCUGCCAAAAAAGAAGAGAAAAAAGAAUCGAAGCUGAAGGAAGACAAAAAGAAAGAAGCCACCAAGCCAGAGUUGAAGAAGAUCACCAAACCAGACUUGAAGUCAUUCACUCCUGAAGUUAGGAAGACCCUUCACAAGGCCAAAAUGCCUGGGAAACCUAAGACAGACAAAACCAAAUCCAAGACAGCCAAGGAAGCUGGACAACAGCCUGCAGCCCCUGUGGCAUCAGAACCAGAAGCUUUGGUGGCACCACCUGAAGCACAAGAGUCUAUUCCCCCACCCCUGGCUGUGGAGGACAGAUCCAUUGUAUCAUCUCCAGAAGACCUAACAAAGGAUUUCGAGGAGCUGAAACAAGAAGAGGUGGCAAACCCAGAACUGGAAGCAGAACCACUGCAGGAAUCCCUUGUGGUAACUGGGCCUCCCGCAGAGGACACAAUUAUCCCCAGCCCUUACCAGGAGGAAGAAGCAGAGGAAAGGAUAAUUUCCCAGACUCUGAUGGACACUAAGCACCAACCACUGGAGUCUCCCGAUGAAGGAAUAACCACUACAGAUGCAGAGGCUGAAUCCCCGCAUGAGGAGAGGCAGGUAUCCCAGGCCAAAGAGGCAGAAGAGCCAAUAACUGGGGAAAAAUUUGAGGAUGAAGGAGCAGAAAUGGAAGAGGAAGAGGAGGCAGAGGAGGAGGAUAGAGAGAAGCAAGAGAAGAAAGAGUUGGAUGAAGGGGAUGAGGACAUGGGAAUGGGAGAAGAGGAGGAAGAAGGGAAAUGGAAAGAAAGGAUGGAGGAAGAGAAAUGGGAAAAAGAGAGGGUGGACAAAAAGCAUGAAGAGGAGGAGAUGGAAAAGUGUGAAAAAUACAUUGAGAAGAUUGAAAAGCAAGGGAAGGAAGAAACAAAGGGACUUGAACAGGCAGAAGAUGAGGAAGAGGAAGAGGUGGUGGAAAAAGCUGAGCUGGAGGAAGCAGAAGUUGUUGAUGUCACUGGUGAGGAAGUACAAGUAAAAGCUGAAGAGGGGGGACUGGUUAAAAAGGAUGAAGAAACCAAAAAAAUUGAAGAGAAAUUCCUUGGCAUAGUAGGAGAUGACCCAUACUUAUCUAACAUGGCAGCAGCAACAGCUGCUAUCACGGCAGCUGUACAGGGUGCCACAGCUGCUGAAAAUAUAUCCUACAUCCAAGACGAAACAAUCCCUGGUUAUUCUGAAACAGAGCAGACUAUUUCUGAUGAAGAAAUUCACGAGGAAACAGAGGACAGGAUACCACAUCUCCGCUACGAGGUUGGCGCCUGUGACAUCUCUGUGCCUGAUGUGACAGGCUCUUUUGACGCCAUCCAUGGCAUAAGGGGGAUGAAGGCAGAAGCCAUGUCUGACGCCUCUGAUUUGGCAGCCAAGGGCUACAUAGGCGUUCAGGACCCAACGUUAGCCAUCUACUCGACCAACAUCAUUGCCGCCCCAUUGGCAGAAGAGGAACAUAUUUCCUCAGCCACUUCCAUCACUGAAUGUGAUAAGCUGUCCUCCUUUGCCACCUCUGUGGCUGAAGAUCAGUCAGUAGCGUCUGUGACUGCGCCACGAACGGAGGAGACUGGGAAGAGCUCUUUGCUUCUUGACACUGUCAACAGCAUUCCAUCUUCCACCUAUACUGAGGCCACCCAGGGAAGGGACUACCUACCUUCAGCCGGGACCAUCUCCCCUACCUCCUCCCUAGAGGAGGACAAGUACUUUAAGUCUCCUCCAUCUGAAGAGUUCCAGCCCAUAGUGGCAGAUGGAGACACAGUGGGGAGGGUGAUGCUGGCUCCUGAAGAGGAGGACGAAGAGGAGGAAGAUGAAGAAUAUGAAGAUCAAACUCCCAAUGUUGAAAUGCCACUUGGAAAAAUUCAAGAAGGCUACCGUUCUCCGCAGAUGUCCCAGGAAAGGGAAAGGGAUUUGGAAAAGCCCCUCCAUUCAUCUGUGGCACAGCCCACUGCAGCAGAAGUUCAGCCAGUCGUGGAUGAAGUCCAGACUGCUUCUCCUCUCUCAGAAGAUGACUUCUCUCAAAAAACUGACAUUAAGCCCUCAUCUCCCCCUUUCUCUCACCAUGAAGAGUUUAGUUCUUUGGUAGAAAGUGAAGACAGAUGUCUCAGUCCAGAUGACAGCACUGUCAAAAUGGCCUCCCCUACACAGUCUGGUCCAAACAGUGCAGGACACACUCCUUUUCACCAAUCUCCCACUGAGGAGAAAACAGUAACCGUUGCAGGGCAACAACAGAAAGAAGAAGGAGUUCUCCAGCAGACAACCACAGAGUUAGUCUCUGCUAAAGAAGAGAAGGAGGAGAAGAGAGAAGAAAAGGAAGAGAAACCAGAGCUGGGUUUGCCAGUUGCAAUGCCAGACACUGACAAACCUGUGAAUCUGCUUGAACAGGAGGCCAGCACAACCAAGCCAAGUCCUCCUAGUCCUUUACCUAAAGACCUACCCAUCUCUCCAGAGCCAAUGAAAGAGGUUGAAGAAGCCGAUUUGAAGGAGCUGGCUUUUGCCAAGAGUGAAGUCAGUGAGGCUGGCAUAAGCAAGACAAGCUCCACAAUCCCUUGUCUCCAGAGCCUACCCAUGUCUACAGAGCCCCAAAAAGAGAUAGAAGAAGCCAGCAUGAUGGAUUUGUCUCCUGCCAAGCCAAGCCCCCCGUGCACAUUACCUGAAGACCUACCUAUCUCGCCAGAGCCUGUGGUCUUGGAGAAAGAGCUAGUGAAGCCUGUUUGUUCAAAAGAAAUGUCACCGACAGCAGUAAAAGAGGUGUUGCCAAUAGAAGGAAAGGAGGGCUUUCUCAAGGACAUGACCAAUGAAAAGGUUUGUUUAUCAAGAGAAGAGGAAGGAGAGGAGGAGGAAGAGAGAGAGGGGAAGGAGAGUACAACAUCUAAAUAUAUGGAUGAAAAAGAGAGUGGGUUCAUGCAGGAGGAGUAUACUUGUGAAACUAAAUCACUUGAGGAAGAGAAGAUGGUGGAGCUUCAUGCUUCCAUAGCUGCAAAGACAUUGCAAGAGAAAGAGAAUGAAAAGGAAAAAGUUGCAGAGAAGGACUUUGAAUCUUCCUUCCUUCAACCUGAACAGUUGAAGUUGGAAGAAAAGCAGACAGCCUCCUACUUGGAACAGGAAGCAUAUCCCAAGGUUCUUUACUCUGAUGAAGAAGAAGAUGAAGAAGAGGAUGAGGAGGAAGAGGAUGCAAUAUGUAUGGGCGGAGCAGGGUCCAGGCCAUUGUCUCUUGAGCCAAGCAAAAUUGACCUUUCCUCUCAUGAGAUCUCCUCCAUCCCCACAUCCCACAAGGCAGAGAGUAGUGUGCUUUUGGCCACCUCCAGCUAUGGAGCAGAUUUUUCUUUCACUGAACUCCAAACACCACCUUUAUCUGGACCAAAAGACCAGGUAACUAAUCUGUUAGGCAGUGAAAUUUCUCCUGAACCCAUGGGAAAAACUGAUACUGCCAAGCCGGUGGAAAUUGUAACAGCUCCUCCUUGUGCUGGCAGCCCUCCAAGCACAUCCACCAGCCCCCUUUCAUCCAGCCUCGAAAAACCAUUUUCUGAGCCAACAACUGUUGGCAAAGAGGACAAGAGCAGUAGCAGUGAGGGCCCUUCUCCAGUGGAGACAACAAUGCCUCCCCUCAUUCCUGGCAAAGCUGAAGAAGUUGACUUAUCACCUGAGGAUCCCUUUGGGAAGACACACACAUAUUUACAAGAAGAAGAGAAAAUAGAGGUGAAAAAAUAUGAAAAGGAGGCAAAACGAGAAAAGGAGGGUGAGCGGGAGGCAGUAUCACCAGGACUGCCCCCUUCCUCCACCUUCUUCCUUUUGGAGAGAGAUGAAGUAGCAAAGAUCUGCCAAGACAAAAAAGAUUAUAUUGAAACUGUGGGUAUGCAGUCUCCCAAAGAACAAGAAAAGGAAGAAAUAUCCAAGUAUUCUCCAGAAGAAAAAACUACAGCUAAAGAGGACAAAGAAGAAAAAGAGCAAGAACAUUUCAUUGUGGAACGAGAUGGUGCGAAGAUUGGUGAUGACAAGGUGGCUGCAAUGGAGGUGCCUGCUGAGGGCCCAGGCUCCCCCAGGGAGGAAUUGGAAGAUGCUUUCUCCAAGCAGGAGGAAGAAGUGUCAUUCAGCCGGGUGGAUUACCACCCUGAUGCUUAUGCAGGACCUCAGAGGAGUGUACAUUUUGGUCUUUAUGACAUGGAGAGUGAAGAGAGGGAGAAAGGACAGGAGGAGGAGAAUGAGAGAGAAGAAAGAGAGCUGACUCCUUACCCAGAUGACAAGAGUUUUACUUACACAGAAAUCUAUGACAACAAGCAAAUGCCUGUCAUGGAGCCUUUUUCAUUCAUCCCAACUCAUCAACAGCAGCAACACACUGAUUACUUGGAGAAAGAGCAGGCAUGGGAACAAGAGAAACUCACCGAGCCAGAGAAAAAAGGCACCGCUUCCCCAUCUCUUCCGGUCUCAUCUGAGGUCAAGGAGGAGCCUGGAAUGUCCGCCAAGGAAGAGGAAUCACAUCUGGACACGGCAGGUGAAAAAGAGCAAUCUUCACCAACAUGGACUGAGACAAAACUGGUUGCUAAAGUUACCACCACUACAAUAGGCUUUGAUGAUUCUCCAGAGAAACAGGCCACAGAGAAAGAGAAGGAGAAGGAAGAAGAAAAAGAGACAGCUAAACAAGAGAAAGAGAAACUGCUAUCCCCAAAGGCUGACAAACCUGAGCAACCCCAGUCCCCUUCUUGUCAUUUGUCUCCAGAAGAAAAGGAUCUCUUUUCGCACAGUGCCCAGCCAGAGGAUAAAGACAGCCAGGCUAGCACUGCAUCUUACACUGAACCCAGCUUGCAGAACCUGGAUGACAACAUCCUGGCAUCCAGCGCUGAAUAUUCUACCAAAAGCAGUGCUGCUGCUGGCAAAGCAAUGAUGAGCUAUUAUGAGGAGGGAGCCCUAGAAAGGGGAGAUACAAGGAUGCUGAUGGAAGACGAAGAUGAAGCAGAGGAGGAGGAUGAAGAAGAGGUGGAGGAAGGAGAGGAAGAGGAGAGUGCCAGUGACUCUGAUCUAGAAAAGGGUGCCAAGGAGAAAUCUGAGAAGGAAUCAAAAGGUGACUCCUGUUCUUAUGAGUGUUUCUCAGAGCAAGACACGCAUUCCAAAAUCCCAGAGAAGAAAGAGGAAGAAAAGAAAAAGGAAGGCUUGCCUUUGGAGCCCGAAUACAGCUUGGGAACUCAGGGAAAGCCAUCCACUUCUCCGUCUCCCAUUUUUGAGCCCUUCAGCAGUGGAAGCCAGAAGUCAGAGGCAGAUGAAUUCCUACAAAAGACUGAAAGCAGCCCUAGUAGCACAAGCAGCACGUCUACCCUGUACACAGGCAGUUACACAGAGAUCGGAAAAACAGAUGCAAAAGGGUUUUCUUCUGGGUUUGAGUAUUCCUACUGUGGAGAGGAUAAGGAUUCCUUCCUGACAGAGCAAUCUGAAGGAAAAGAACAAAAAGACAAGAGUCCUGACAGUGACCAUCAUGAAUGCACUCAGCUCCCAAAGUCCAGUGAAGAGAUAUACUUCCACAGUGAGAAAGAUCUUGAAUUUGAGAGACAGAAAACUCCUGACCUGUUGAGUAAAAAAGGGGGAGAUCUCUUUUCCUCUUCUGGCUUUGAUUACACGACCACAUCUGCCACUUCAUAUUCCUCUUCCUCCUCUUUUAGUUAUUCAUCCUCAACUUCUACCUCCCUCUCUGCUUACCAGCAAUUUGGCAAGGAAAUUGAUACCCCUGCCACCAGCUUCACCACACCCAAACCGGAUUUGGACAAUGCUCACUUUGAAUACUCCUCUUUCAAGGAGGAGAAAUCGCCAAUUACAGGAGCCCCUUUCUCUAGUGGAGUAGGAAGCAUGGUUAAAGAUGAGUAUCUGGAGGUUUCUGAGAAGUUAACUACGGCCACCACAAAAGCUGAAUCAUCAUCAGGCCUCACCCGAUUCUCCCCACUGAGUCCCUUUGAAGAGGUGAAGCCCUUCCCUCCAGUCUGUGCUGCAUCAACUGAAGACAAGAAGGACCAGGGAAGCUUGCCAGAUGUCACGGCACAGGAGGAGCAGCAACAGGAAAGCUUCCACAAGUCUGAAUGGGCUGAUGAGCCAGUGUUGGGUUUAAGUUCUACAAUAUCUGAACCUUACUCCCUCUUGUCUCACUCUGUUGAAAAGGAUUCCGUAGCACGAAGCCUGUUUGAUGUCUCUCCUUUGCUCCCAGCUGAUUCCACAGCCAAAUGCUCUUUCGAGGAGUCUCAAGGGGCAGAAGAGUCGUAUUUGUGCGAGAUGGAGGACAACACCUUGCCUUGCCGCCUUGAAUGCCAAAGAUCACCCCCAGCCACCCCAACAGAGCAGAAAGCUGGAGAAGAGACCCAUUCUGAGAAACAGGCCACAGUGGUCCCAACAACCUCCUUCACGUCCUGCACAACCAGCUCCCUCCCUGAUGUCCUGACAUCAUUCCCCUCCCCAUCACAGCCAGCAGUGCAGGCAGCUUCAGCCACAUCAAACGGGCCCACGGAGGUAAGCAUGAGCCCUCCAGGGGCACCAUAUGGAACUACAGAAAUGCCCUGCAGUGGAGCAGCAACAACGGCGUCAACUGAGACAGAGAAGAAGGAACAGGAAAAGGAUUUGGAGGAGGAGGACAAGGAAGAUGAAAAGAAAAAGGAGAAGAGCAGCACCUUGGAAUGGGAGCCACAGCAACAGCAGAAGGGAAUGUCUCCUGCUGUUUCCCCUCCACAUUCACGUGAGGAGGAAGAAGAAGAUGAAGAAAAGGAGCCUGAACGCCCUGUCCGUCCUCUUUCCCUGGCCUCUUCUGACCAAACCUUCCACUCAUCCUACUACGCCGAAACAUCAAGCAGAGCAGGAGAGGACUCUAAGCAGCCUCCUCAGGACUUGUGCCUGGGAGCCACCUCCUCCUUCUCUCCUUCCACGACUGCCGGCUAUUCCUCUUGUGAGUACAAACACCGCAAAGGGGAGAUUUCCCCAUCCUUUAUCAACCCCAGCCCGCACCGGCUCUCCAGUGAGGAGGAAGAAGAGGAGUAUGAAGGCAGCGACCAAUCACAAGAUGGCGAUGACAACCAACAGCAGACGUCGUCAGUCAAAAGGCGGUCCCACCAACAGCAACCCCACCCCAGUCACCCUGGGGACAACAGUGGGGGCCAAUCACAUCACCUCCAAGGUGCCAUGGCUGCUGGCUUGGGGGCAGCCGGCGAGGAGACUCCACCCACCUCUGUCAGCGAAUCUCUGCCCUCACAGUCUGACUCUGAUGUGCCCCCUGAAACAGAGGAGUGUCCUUCAAUCACUGCAGACGGCAAUAUGGAUUCUGAUGAAGACGCAGAGUUUCUUCCAGUGGACAAAUCGGCAGCUGUAGCAGGGGGCGGCAAUCACCACACUUCCUCUUCUAGAUCUGAAAGAAGCCAUGACCCCCCUCCCUUCCCCCUGAUGGACCCUUUCCCGCAUCCCCCACACCCGGACGUCUGUAUGGUGGACCCGGAAGUGCUGUCCAAUGACCAGAACCUGGCGGCCCGGACCGACAAGAUGCUCAAGAAGGACAUGAAGGCCAACAAAGGCAUGAGGAAGCCCCUCGGCAAGCCCAAAUCAGCCUCCCCAGGCCGCAAGGGACCUCCCGGGGGAAAGAAGUCACCCACUCCUGCCAAGCAGCCCCAACCUGCCAAAGACUCCACCGAGAAGUCUCCCAAGACCUCCUCCAUCCGGAAGAAAGAAGGCGAUAAGACAUCCAAACCGACACGCGCGUCCGACGUGCAGGGAUCCCGUGGAGAGGACAGGGACGAGGUCUCCAGAUCAAGCCAGGGACACAACCCCGGGAGGGGCCUGGUCAAUGGAGUCAAAAGCAACACAGGCUCCAGCUCUCAGAAGUCGAGUUCAGGGGUCCCCCCCGGCCCCCCAAUAUAUGUGGACCUGGCCUACAUCCCCAACCACUGCAGUGCCAAGAACGUGGACCAGGAGUUCUUCAAGCGUGUGCGAGCUGCUUACUAUGUGGUGAGCGGGAACGACAUGGGGAGCGGGGAGCCCAGCCGAGGAGUUCUGGACGGGCUACUCGAAGGCAAGGCUCAGUGGGGCAACAACAUGCAGGUGACCCUGAUCCCGACCCACGACACAGAGGUGACCCGGGAGUGGUACCAGCAGACCCACGAGAAGCAGCAGGAGCUGAACAUCAUGGUCCUGGCAAGCAGCAGCACUGUAGUGAUGCAGGAUGAGUCCUUCCCUGCCUGCAAGAUCGAGUUCUGAGCCCUGCGGAUCAUCCCUCCCUGUGUCUCCGUCUCCCCCUCCGGACCAACUGCCAGACCCCAGCUAGGACUGCAGACCAACUUUCUGCAGCACACACCACUCUUCUAACCGGAUACCCUCUGCCUGCGAGGAGGAAGCUUGCUAUUUUAACAACAUUAUUUAUUAAGGACACCACGAGACCCAUAAUGAAAGCUCCUCUGCAAAUACACAAACACAGACAGUGUCACACACACCCCACAUAGUGAGAGUCUGAUACACCCAUUGCAUAAGGGUUUGCACAUUCUUCAAUAUUUAUGCAUGAAAAUUUAACAAGCAGAUUUGUGCAUUAUAUAUUUACUGUACUAUCUGCAACUCCACAGACUCACUAUAUUUGAAAGUCAGAUCCAAGAGAUAGAUGGGUCUAUUGCUGAUGUAUAUUUCAGACAGUUGUAAAAGGGUUGUCUGGACACAUGCGUUUCAUGUAGAGGGAUGCACCAAACCCAACCUCCCAACACAACAUUGAACAUUUAAUUAAGCACAAAUAUGCCACAUGUUAUCGGACAGACGUUUGACAGGCUGGGGUACCAGCAUCAAUAUUUCUGCCAUUCGGUCAGACAAAUCUUUGUCACAGAGAUGUUUGGAAGCAGCCCUUCCCUGGAGCUGUGUGUGUCCGAGUAUCCUUUCACUGACCCCAGGGUUUAGGUAACUAUGUUUCGGGCAGAGGCUGGAGGCUGGCCUCAUCUGCAAGCACACAUUGUGUUUAACAUUAGCUCUGUUUUUUUUGCUACUUACACACUUACCAAUAACUCACUACCUGGCACCCAAAGUGACUACCUAUGACUGUCUAUGAAGCAACAUAGCUAAGGUGAAUUAAAACUGUCCUACCCAGUUCACAGCUUUUGCAUAGCAAAGACACUAAUAACCCAAGUUCGAUCAUCCUUGAAUGUGAAUGCUGGGCCUUAUUACAGAGUAAGGCAUGACUCGGGGCAGUUGUCAGAAAGCACAUUGACAUUUUAGACAUUUAAGGAAGUUAGAAACAUACCCAGAAAAACCCGUCCUUGAGUCCCUGUGGAUACCUCUUGAAGCCCUUCUAACUGUCUGACUGCUGCUUCCAUAGUCAUCGAUACAAUAAACCUCACGCCAUCCCUCUUCUGUCAAUCUGUGUCAAACAGACCCCCGCUGUCCUCAGACAGUGUCUCCACCGAUCACGCUUCACUGGCAGUAAAAUAAUAAUCAUCAUCAUAAUAGCAAACCAUUUGAAUUCUGAUUUAAGUUAUGUUUGACUCCGGAAGGACUAAAGACUGUAUGGCAACUUAUGCUGCAAAGUAACGCAUUUUAAAACUUUCAUGGUCUAGUCUUAUGUAUUGCAUUUAACAAAACAUAUAUAUUACAGAUCUCACAAUAAUAAUAAAAGGGAUUUCAGAUCUUGAACUCUUCAGUAAACUUUAGGUAAUGUAUUAACUAACUUACACAAGAUGCGUGUAUAGCUGCUCUUACUCAUUAUCUACUGAAAUUAAAAAAAUUGAAGUAAGCAACAUUUUUUAACCUCUGCCUCAGUAGUUCAAAAAACAGUCUGGUCACUGAUUGUGUACUCGGUGCAAGUUAAGGACUGAGCUUUUUAAAACCCUUAGCUUUUCAAGCUUCAGGGGAAAUGAAUGAAGGGAAUGCACUUAUACUGCCACUAUAGCAGAUGUAGCAAAAGUAUAGGUCUGUGUGAUGAUGAUGCGCUCCAACCUCGUGCAAAGCAGGGCUGUGUGGUUGCACCUGGUCUGCGGAUGGUAUAUUGUGAGUCCUAACGGAGAGCACAUCACAGUGAGAAGCGUAAGCACAGCGCUGCACUGGUUGCUGCGUGGUUUAAUUUUGAGGGCUGGAGUUUGUGACUGGUCCUUCUCGCCAAAGCUAGGCAGGCAGGCCUAAAGGGGACAAUAGUGAGGGGGACAAGAUCAGGAAACUUCAGAGAAAGAGUGGCACAGCCUCCUGGGUCUGGAGUCACAAAGGGCUUGGCAUCCUUGCUGCACCAAGAUAUCCCUUUUCAUAGCGAAAGAGUGCUGACUCUUCACUGUGCUGUUACGCUGUUUUCCCCCAAUGAGAGGUACUGUUUGCAGAACUGAGGCAAAAUGGAACUGAACUUGUCAUGAGGUUGUGAGUACCGUUAUUGGAAAGCUGUGUUUCACCAGCGAACACCUUUACAGAGACCAGACCGAUAUGCUUUGCAAAAGGAAGUUCGUUUUCACUGUCAUCGAGUGGCCGCAGUGGAGAGGUUGAGGUGCAUGGACAGAGAAGGGCAUGCAGUAUUUCAGCCCUCUCAGGGGUAGAGGCUGACUAGUGUGAACCCCUGAACCCCAAAAGCUGGGGUUUCUAUUUCUGCAGCCUUAGCUUGUAGAUGAUUUUAACACAGCAGUACAUGUUGUAUUGAAAUGUUUUAUUUUGCAGUCUUAAUUUAAUCUUUUUGAUCAUCUGUUUUGGUUGUAAAAGAUGCUUAUUGUUGACAGUAUUAUGUAAAGUUUUUAUUUGAUUUAAUUGUUUAGUCUUUUUCAAAUGUUCAAGCACAGCACUAACCAGCGGUUACUGUUCAUUUUGUUUACAUAACCCCAGCGGGAUUCUUUUGCAUUGAGGCGUUUGAGAGCAAUGUGUGCAUAAGUGGAAUCAAGAAAAAGGACAAGUGCUCUUUUAAAUAUUUGUAAUGAAGUUACUGUUUCUGUUUUAAAUGCUGCAUAAUGUUUAGCGAACAAAAGAUUGUUUGGGAAUCAGGAGUGACCGAGGCUUUGACACGGUCUGUCUCAAGUGCAAGGGUCAGGCAGGUUGUAAGAUUGUCUGCAUGUUAGCCAGGAGACCCGGGUUCACACCCUGCUCCUUUAUCAGAGAGUGCCUGGGGUCUUUCCUAACCACGAGCAGCCAGGGGCUCCAAAAGCAUGCUCCCAUCCAUAAGCUUAUCAUACCCAACCCCUGCACAGCUCUGAGAACCCACUGGUCCUGUAUCACUGCAGCGGGUCUGGUCAGGGGAGGAGAUCCAAUUCAUUAUCUAGCUCACUGUGCAAACACAGUACUAGCCCUUACGUGCAUGCAAUUAAUACGCAUUAAGUUAGUGGUUAGGCGUGUAAUGACUUUAACAAAGCUUUGGUGUACAAUAUUUUGAGAUCAAAAUUAGGAGCUGUCUAGGAUGCUUCUGUGUAUUUCCAGAUAUUUAUUUUUAAUAAUUCUAAGCUGUACGUGAAAUUGUGCAUAUCGAAUAGCUAACCACAUACAGCAAGGGGGAGGGGCCUAGGGACUGAGAGCAAGAUAGUUGUCAUGGAGACCGGGAGGAGAUCCUUUGGGCCUGUCUGUGAUGUUUUAUCCUUUACAAUUCAAAUUCUGGCCUCUGCAAGACUCCGUACCCAUUUAAAGGACACAUUUAUGUAGGACUUUUGAAGGGUGGUGGGAAGAGGCUGUAUUGUUUCUGAAGCCUUUUCUGGGUGUUUUGACAGAGUAGUUUUUUUAUGGUAUGACUAUCUAUUAUUUUCUCUCACUUGCAAGUCUCUUUCUGUUUGAGUGAGUUGUUUUCCUACGUGUUACAUGUCUCUAGAGAGGAGAGUUUUGCUCCAGUGUAGCCAGCGAGCUAGGUAUCCCGACCACCUGUUCUUGUCAAUGGGCGCCCAGAGGCCUUAGCAGUCAGCUAUGGGUGCCCAGGUGGGACACAUCUGUCAGUUCCUCAAUAAAAACAAACAAACAAAAACUAGCCUAGUUUCAGAAGCGAAUGCACUAACUUCAAUAACGUCCUUGAAUGUCUCUGUAGGGGUUUUAAGUCUAAAAGCUGCUGUGACUAAAGAAACAAUGGAGCAUAAUAUAUAUAUAUAUAUAUAUAUAGAAAUAUAUAGAAAUAAAAAAAAAUAGAAAAACUUUGUAAAAAGAACAAAAAAAAGGAAAAACAAAGGAUGGAAAUGAAAUGUCUGAAAGAGGUACGGUUUGAAACGACAUGGACCCACAACAAGGGGGACGUGUAAAAGAAUGUGAAAUGUUAUAAUAAUCAGCUCUUGCUGUCCGUGUGAAACUACUAUUUACUUUUUAGCUGUUGUCUGUUUAUAUAGUUGAGUAAAAACAAAAGACAAAAAAAAAAUAUGUUAAAAAAAGAAACAUUUCAAAAUGAGACAUCUGUACUUCUUUUUCAUCCCAAUGAAACUGACUAAACCUUUAAGGUGCUCCCUAGGGCUGCAGAGUGUCACCUGAGUUUAAAUGAGUCAAAAUCAAACUAAAAAACAACGAACAAACAAUCUGCCAGCUUGGGUGAUCAGAACCUUCUAGAAAACGCCUUUCAUUUUUAACAGAUUUUAUCUUGCAAGCAAAAUAUUGUUCAAGCUCAAUAUAUAUAUAUAUAUAUAUAUAUAUAUAUAUAUAUAUAUAUAUAUAUAUAUAUAAAUUAAAUAAAAAAAUCUGCUUACGAUUGCAUUUUCCAAAAACACUCACCCUGAUGGACAAAAACAUUAAAAUGAGCCUUGCUUGUUUCUGCAUGGGAUCUCUUCUAAGCUAUAAUCCUGUAUGUAAUGGUUAAAAAAAAAAGAAAAAAAGUUAAAUAAAAAUGACUAUAAAAAAAGCCAGCUGUCUCCAUGGUACUGAAAUGGCUCCUGUUAUCUGCCACGCUUCUUCUAUUCGCCGUGGGGUGUUGUAAAGAAGGCGCUGUGAUCGUUCUUCUUUUUGCGCUGUAUUAAUCUUUUAGUUUUCAGAUAUUUUGUGUGCAAUACUCUGUAUCUCUCUUUAAUCUACAAUAAAAUAGAACUACUGCAAAUUUAUUGUAAAAGGGAAACAGCCUGGUGAUCACCAAUAAAAUCCAUUUAUUGAAAAUCCAAA